AUGGCUACGUACGGAACUCAAAUGCACGAUAUCCCCAUUCGACUUAUUGGGGACGAGACUGCUUUCGAGAGAGCCGUAGAGGCCAUAUAUCCCAAUGGUGUCACGUUUAUGUAUCGUAGAACAGUUAACACGACUUCACCAUGGCCGGUCUGUAACGUUCAAGCGAAUGCAAGCACUGGACCUGCUGAUCUCGUAAAACAUCUCCAGGAUGCUGAGGUUAUCAUGAAAGAGUGA